AUGGUCGCUAAAAGACGCUCCUCCACGGUUCCAAGAGACUGGGCCUGGCUGCCGUGCAACGUCCUCGACUCCAUCCUAACCCACCUCCCCACCUUACGCGACUACCUCCGCUUCACCUCCGUCUGCAAGCCGUGGAACUCGGCGUCGGAACCCCACGCGCGCCGCCGCACCGCCACGAGCCACCGGUCGCAAGCCCCUCUCCUCCUAGUCCCCACGCGAACCCGCAGCCGCGAGUGGCGGGGCCUGUACGACGCCGCGCAGCAGAACAAGCUCCUGAGCCACGCGCUCCCCGUGCCUUACCACAGGCGGUGCUGCGGAUCCUCCCACGGCUGGCUCGCUUUCCUGGAAAGGGACUACUUCGUCACGCUCUACAAUCCCUUCACCCGAGCUCGAAUCUCGCUCCCGCGGAUCAUUCCGGCGCCUGAUUACAUAACCACCGUCAUCGACCGCGCGAAGCACGACCGUUACUUCCCCUACGACGUGAAGAAGGAAUGGAAGCACGCCGCCGGUUGGGUGGAAGCGAUUGAUAAUAACAACCCUCCCUUCUCGCACUUGCUGUCCGACGUCAUAUUUCGUCGUGAUCGAGACGGCGGCGAUUGGGUUUACGCGUCGGGGCAUUGUGGAUUGCUGGCCCGCGCGGAAUGCGGCGGCGGCGGCGGCGAGGUGAGAAUGGAGCUGGUGGUUCCGCCGUGGGGCCCGGAUUAUUGUUGCACGGUGUACAAGUACUUGGUGGAGUCGUCGGACGGUCGGGAUCUGCUCGUGGUCCUGCGAUUCUACGAGGAGAUGGAGGGCUACGAGUUUUCCAUGGCGACCCGGGACGUGAAGGUGUUCAGGCUUCGGAGAAAGGAGGAGGAGGAGGAAGGGUUUGUGGAGGUGAAGGAUUUGAACGGGGAUGCGGUGUUUGUUGGAGACAGUUACUCGACGGCGGUUCGAGCAGGGGAUUUUGAAGAUUGUCGGGCCGACUGUGUGUAUUACAGCGACGAUUUCACGUCGUAUUUUCCUUCUGAGGAUCGUUUGGGACCGCACGACGUGGGUGUGUUCGACGUGAAGGAGGAGAAGUUUGGUUCUCAUUAUGUUCCGACGCCGGCUCGGAAUCGAGGCAUGCCGCCGCCGAUUUGGGUUUUUCCGACGUUAACUUCCGGCUAG